UGGACUUUAUCUACAGGGAGCAAGGCCCAUGCAGCCGAGAUCGCCGUAACAACAGUGCAAUCGUUACUCGUUAUUGUAAAUAUCACUGGAAACUCUUUUGUUUGUCUCAUCAUAAUAAAGAACAAAGACAUGAGGUAAGUACCGGUAUACCUAUACUGUCCGCAACAUUUACACGUUUUUUUACAAGAAAAAUAGCCCGUAAACUUCUCACUCCAGAGCAUUAUAAGAGCAACAAAAGCAAAAAGUGAAAAGACAAAGUAAAUAUUGUUUUCGACGUUUUAGGAUGCAUUUCCUAAUUAACCUUGAAUGUGGGGGUCGAACCAAUGGGCUUGCAGGUUGAAUUUGCAUAAUCUCCCCUCAAGAAGUUUUUGGCGCGCGAUCCGCAAGUGACUCACAGCUCAUCAGUGUUCCCCCUUCUUUUUUAAUCUUUAUACAGUUGACUCCAGAUAACUCGAACCCUCGCUAACUUGCGCAAACCUCGCGCAAACUCGAACUUUAGUCGAUUUCCUCUCGAUUUCUGGAUUCAUAAUUCCACUAUAAUAUUACCCUUGGUUACCGUAAAUGAUCUAAUAAACGCCCCCUCUCUAAUGAACGCCUCCUAUCUUAUUAACGCCCCCCUAAGCUGACAAGUUUGUAUUAAACGCCCCUCUCUAACAAACGCCCCCUGUCUAAUAAACGCCCCCCUUCCCUGAAAACCACACAUAAACUGGAAACAGAUGUACAAUACAAUCAAUCAAUUUAUUUGCCUUCUUGCUUAAUUAACACCGGUGUGCGAGUUGCGCCUUGCUCAAUUUCCAGUUCAAAGUGAGGAUAGCGUUCUUUAAUGUUCUUGAUCCCAUUUAAAGCAAUACCUAACUCAGACAUAGAAGAGGCCGGCGAUGAAAAUACCAUGGUGCUAGACGAGGACUCGGAUGUUGACAUUGAACUAUAAGAACUACCAGUAGGGUACCCUUUUCCGCCACUUUGUAUGUACCAUAUACCGUUAUGGAUUUGUAGACGGUUUAGACUUAUCAGCGGACGGACUUGAUAGUCUGCUAAAGCUCUGUCAUUUAGAUUAUUAUAAUACCGUAUUUAGGUUACCAUGUUACAGUUAUUAGAAUAAACGCCUCUCUCUUUUAAACGCCUCCCCCUCCUUGGACCCUUGAAAUUUAAUAAACGCCCGCGGCGUUUAUUAGAUCAUUUACGGUAUUCGAACCCUCGAUGACUCGAACCUCCCGCUAACUCCAAGUAGUUUUUGUUUUCCAUCAAGUCACCUCUACAUAAUUUUACCCUCGAUAACUCUAACCACGUUUUAAGCCCGUGACAAGUCCAAAAAUAAAUUAAACAGUGUACUGAAGUCCGAAACAUUGAAUUUAUUUCAAAACAAUCAUGUCAAUUCUUUGUCUUUACAUUUUUGUCACUCCACUGGUUAAUUCAAAUUCAGUGUCUGUCCCUGUAUCUUAAUCAAGCUUUCUUGCUUAAUUCCUUUUUCAAAAUAUCAAUCUAUAUCUCUUGCUGCCCUGAAGAGAAGUGAGCAUGAUACUUGAAUUCCCACCACAUCCAUUUGCUUAUGUGCUUGUGUCGGGCUAUCUAGUUUGCUUCUAACCCCCGAGUAACAAGAACUUUUUUUCGAUUUCCCUCGAGGGUUCGAGUUAUCGGGAGUCGACUGUUUUUAGAAAUAUUUAGUCUAAUCCAUAUCAAAUAUUCCGAUUUCAGAAAGUUCGUCUUAGAACUCCUAUAUCAGAAUGCGCACUCGCACAUCGCGCUCGCUCACAGAUUAUCGAGCUCAAGAGGGGCUGCUCGCAGUCUACAUAUGAUCAGGACACCGUGGUCCUCUUUCUUCCGCUGUCCUCUUGCCUAAACUCACUAUUAUCAUGCUUCUUUAAAUACCCUUUUCCGAGGGGAACUAACUACGACAAUUUUCUGGUUUCCCCAAUGAUAUCAAUAAACUAUCUUCUUACGAACCUCGCCAUCGCAGACAUGACUGUGGCCACAUUUUUGGCGCCUCGAUAUAUUUUUAUCCACACCUUCAUUCACCCUGAUGGAGUUGCUGGGAAUAUUCUCUGCCGGCUACUAACAGGAGGAAACUUCGCCUGGGUCGGAGCUGGCGCAUCCGUAUUUACCCUUGUCACCAUAGCAACUGAACGCUAUUUUGCUGUGAUGUAUCCUUUUGAAAACAAAGGAAAGCUUAGCAGUCGUAAACUUAAGGUGAGUAAAUGCAAUGUGAUGUAAGGCGAGUGAUUUUAUUUCAAUUUAGUUUUUACACUCUUACAAAAAUAUCAAUUCAAGUCUUUUCAAGAAAGACAGCUGAGGAGUCAAAGUUAUCGAAUAAAUAGACCGAACAAUUUAUUAUCCGCAUCCUGAAGCUAAAUAGCAACUCAAGAACAUUUAUAAAUGAAAACCAUUAGAUCAUAAAGGGUAUUUUUCUUCAAAAACUUAUACAGCAAUGUGUUUGAAAUAAAUUUGCUCCUCCAUUAUUUUAUAUUGAAUAAUAAUGAACAUGAACUGUUCUGGAGAAUAUUUUAGUGGUUGUCCUGUGACAUAUUUCAAGUGCAUGCGCAGUUUUGUUCUAGCGAGCACGAGGUUUUUGCUUUUCUGCCAGCUCAUCACAUUUUUGGAGCAAGCAGGAUGAAAUUAAAUUGUUGAUGUUUUGUUUAUUUUUCUCGUGGUUUUUAUGGACUUUCGACCGACCAAUUAUCCUGGCGAACAUCUGGUAGCAGAGCGAGGUUCUUCUUUAAGUGGAUUUGACGCAAUUUACCAGGAUUUGUAACCGAACACUGAACGAACACGAGAUGGCCGAACGAUUGAGAAAGGACAAAGCGAAGUACAAAGGCGCCUAUACAAGAACCAAAACAAAAUUGAUGAUGACUUUAGAGGGAGGAAUGUAUUCGAAAAUGCAGGUGAUGGAACGUUUGGAUCUUCUUUCUGCCGCUUUUGAGGAUGUAGUUCGUGCAGUCGAGAGUUUAGAAGCACAUUAUGAGACUGUUGGCGACUCAUCGAGACUUACCGCCGUAGCGCUUGAACUAGAAGCUGUGGAGGAAGAUUUCAACGAGAUCGAACGAAUUGUUAGAGGAUGUUUGAAUAGCAGCCCCAGUCAGAGCGGUGCCUUGAGCGUUUCCGGAACAACACCCACGGGACAGUCUCCCAUUAAAGAACAAUCCGAACGACUGGAACAAGAAAUUAAAAUGCGAGAACAAGAGAUCACGAAAGUGUUACAUGACCUGGAGAAAACGUUCGCCGAACGGAAGAAACAACUUGAGCAGCAAUCGUUGUCUACAGAACAGCAACGAAAGGAACCAUUUCAGGGAGGUGAGUCAGCUAGAGUUCAGGACAAUGUAAAUGCUAGUGUGAAGAGAUCAGAAGAACAGGAACAAAAUAGUGAUCCGAGAAUUCAGUUGACAACACCAUUCCAGCAAUGUGCUUCAUCCGUCUCAGAUUUAAACACAUCAACCUCUGUUAACUUUAGUGGAGCAGCUGCUUUUUAUCCCUCGAGUAGUUUUGUUCAUUCAUCGACUCCAAUUGUUUCCCAGUCGUCAAUGUCUUGUUCUCCUCCAGUGGGGGACCAACCCCUUCAGCAGCCGCCAUUGAAUUCCCGUGUGAACUCAACCCAGACCACACUUGUUGGGUCUUCUACAAUACGUCCUUCAGCGUUUUCUUCGAAUCAGUUACGUGCACCGGCAGCCCAAGGUCAUACUCCUUUGCAGCCUUCGUCAUGUGGUAGCCAAGUACAGUUUUCAACGCCUAUUGCUGGUCAGCCAUUUAGUUCUAGUUAUGACCAGAUCAGUAUCGACUCCAUGGCAGCUCUGAAACGAGUGAGUAUUCCCAGGUUUGCAGGCAACAAGAAAAAUUAUGAAGCUUGGAAAGCAGCCUUCUAUUCAUGCGUUGACCAGGCAAGAGCCUCACCGCAAUACAAAUUGCUACGGCUGCAUGAGUGCUUGCAAGGAGAGGCCCUUAAAGUUAUUGAAAAUCUGGGACACUCUGCGGCAGCCUAUGAAGCAGCCAAGUCUCGACUCGAACGGAAGUAUGGCGGAAAACGCAGGGCACUUACAUUACGACUUGAAGAACUGGAUGCCUUUAAGCAGAUAAGAGAGGGAAUGAAAAAGGAUCUUGAGCUUUUUGCUGAGUUACUGGAUGCAGUAGUAGUGAACCUUACAGAUGCUAAUCAGGAAGCAGAGCUUGGUAGUGGCUCUCUUUACAUCUCACUGCAACGCAAGUUUAACAAGAAUCUUCUGGCCAAGUACAAACAGUGGGUCUGUGACAAUCAUAGAACGGAGGGUGUAAAGACACUAAGGGAGUUUAUUGAUAGAGAGUCUGAGUUUUUAACCACAGCUUCUGAGACAAUAGCAGGUGUUCUAAGUGGAUCCAAGAAGGAGAGAGCACUGUUUGCCAAAGAAGAUUUUGACCCUAAGAAGAAACAUUCAAGAAAGUGUAAAGUAUGCAAGGAGUCCCACAGCCUGUGGACCUGUGAGAGUUUUAAGAAGAUGACAGUAAAUGAAAGGUGGAACAUUGCUAAAGAGCAGAAACUGUGUUUUAGAUGUCUCAGUGACGGCCACAGAGGAGACGCAUGCCUCAGGAGUAGGGUCUGUGGGAUAAAAGGGUGUCGCUCUCAUCACCAUCGUUUGCUUCACGAAGACCCAAAGAAAGAAGAGAAAGCCGAAGCAGCAGAUGGAUCAAAUGCAGCCGGAGCCAAUGCCACCAUUGAAGGGGAGUCAAGUGAGAGAACCCAUACAGCUACUACUGGAAAAGGAACUGUACCCUCGUCAGAGUUUGUAGCCUUAAGAACUGUUCCUGUCUAUGUGACCAAUGGUAAACGAAGACUGAAGGUGAACGCUCUACUUGAUGAUGCCAGCAGUAAGACGUACUUAAACAGUGACACUGCGGCUGAACUGGGUCUCGAAGGCAGACCACACGAACUUACAGUUAAUGUACUGAAUGAUAACCAGCAAAUUUUGGACACCACAGUUGUAGAAUUCAUGAUCAGCAGUUGUGAAGGAAAAGUGUCCAAACUAGCGUCUGCCUAUACAACUGAAAGAGUCACAGGGAACAUGCAAGUGGUGGACUGGAGCAAAUACAAACACAAAUGGAAGCACCUAGAGGGCAUAAAAUUCCCUCAAGUGGGACCCAGACCUAUAGUAGACCUACUAAUUGGUGUGGACCAAGCUGACUUGCUGUACUCAUUGAGAGAUGUGAGAGGAGAGCCUGGAGAACCCAUAGCUAGGCUUACUCCGCUUGGGUGGACUUGCAUUGGUAAUCCUGAGGUGCCGGUAGAAAGAACUCAGACAAGCUUCACCUUUUUUCUGAAUGAUUCACACGAGCUGAACAGUCUUGUUCGCCGCUACUGGGACAUAGAAGAACCUAAGGAAACUCUGAUUGUCAAUCCAGAAGAGAAGUUCGCAAGAGACACAGUUUCAAGGUCCUUAACAUUCGCUGACGGUCACUACUCAGUUGGGAUGCCGUGGAAAAAAGACAGACCUUUAUUAUCUGACAACUACAGCAUGGCUUUGCAUCGUCUGCACUGCACUGAGAAGAAAUUGAAGCGGUCCCCGGAACUUGGUGAAGCUUACAAAGCAGUGGUUCAGUCCUAUCAAGACAAAGGAUACAUUCAUAGAGUUUCUCGUGAUGAAGUUAAGCCUGAUCAAGUCUGGUACUUACCCCAUUUCCCUGUGCUGAGGCCAGAUAAAUCAACAACCAAGACCCGUAUAGUCUUUGAUGCCUCUGCAAAAUUUAAUGACUUGUCCUUAAAUGACAUUGUGCUUCAGGGACCUAAACUUCAGAGUGACUUAUUUGCAGUGUUACUCCGUUUUCGCCGUGACCCUGUGGCUUUGAUGUGCGAUAUCAAAGAAAUGUAUCUACAAAUCAAGUUGAAACCUGAAGAUCAGCCUUAUCACCGUUUUUUGUGGCGGAACCUAGAGACAGACAGAGAGCCUGAUGUGUUUGAGUUUGACCGUGUUGUAUUUGGUGUGAAUUCAUCUCCUUUUCAAGCACAGUUCGUGGCGCAAGAACAUGCCAGGAAACACCAGUCUGUAUUUCCCUUAGCAGCUGAAACAGUGUUAAAGAGUACAUACAUGGAUGAUAGCAUGGACUCAGUACCUGAUGUGAAAACCGCAGUAGAAUUGUACAGUCAGCUGUCACAGUUAUGGAAGUCUGCCGGAAUGUAUGCUAGAAAGUGGUUGUCAAAUGUGCCUGAAGUGCUGCAGUUUAUUCCCUCUUCAGACUGUGCUUCAGAAGUUGAUCUUGAUCGAGGUGAACUACCACCCGUCAAAACCUUGGGAGUCCUAUGGUGCCCUAUGGAAGAUGUAUUUAAAUUUCAAGUUAAUCAGCCCGCCGAGAAGCAUGAACACUCCAAACGCAGCUUUCUAAAGAAGAUAGCAACCUUGUUUGACCCUCUUGGCUUGUUAUCCCCAUAUACAGUGCGUGCUAAGGUUCUACUCCAAGAGAUGUGGGCAAGCGGCGUGGACUGGGACGAGCCGGUGAACGAGAACCUGUCAAUGAAGGCUUCGAGGUGGUUCAAAGAACUCUCAGCACUAGUCAACAUUCAGAUUCCCCGAUGUUUAAGAACUACUAAAGCAGUAAAGGAAGUAGCCUUACACACCUUUGUGGAUGCUUCUCAAGAAGCAUAUGGUGCAGUUACUUACACUCGAUACCUCUAUGAGGAUGGAACUGUUAGCUGUCGCCUUGCUGCGUCCAGAUCACGUGUUGCACCUUUGCAAGCUAUCAGCAUACCUCGACUCGAGUUAAUGGCUGCUGUUGUAGGACUCAAGCUGAAUCAAGCCGUUGGCCAGGCACUUGGCAUCAAGAAAGAAGAGUGGACCUUUUGGUCUGACAGCAUGGAUGUAUUGUACUGGAUUCGGGGACAGAGCAGGAAGUUCAAACCAUUUGUGGCAAAUCGUGUAGGGGAAAUCCAAGCCUUGACAAAUCCAGAACAGUGGAGGCAUGUUCCAACAAAACAGAAUCCAGCUGAUCUGCUAACAAGAGGCCUUAGUGUCUCAGCUCUCAGUGAGGAAGAAAGAUGGUGGAAAGGACCGUUGUUCCUUAAGUACGACCACACCCAGUGGCCGCCAACAAGAACUGAAAGAGAGAAAGAAGCCGAUGUUGAACUCCGGCAAAUAUGCCAGGCAAAAGAACAAAUAAAAGAACAAUCAUUCCUUUCACUUCCCAACGAAGACCGGCUGAACCCACAAAGAUACUCAAGUUGGACUAAACUCACAAGAAUCGCGGCUUGGGUAAACCGUUUCCUAGAGAACUGCCGUUCGCCAGUUGCGGUUCGUAGACAAGACAAAAUACAACCUGAUGAAGUUUUCUCCGCGGGAACAAGAAUUAUCCGGCAAGCUCAGCAGGAAGUAUUUAAAGAAGAAGUGCGAGCAGUACAAACUGGAAAAGAACUGCCAAGUGGAAGUAAAUUGCAGCCCCUGAAACCUAUUAUCGACGAAGAUGGAAUUCUCCGAUGUGAUGGACGACUUCGCUAUGCAGAAUUCUUACCAUGGGAGAGUCGUUAUCCGAUCAUACUCCCGCGCAAUCACUGGGUGACAAGACUCAUAGUCAAGCAUCAGCAUGAGCAGAGCCAUCAUGGGGGAACCAAUCAAGUGUUAUCAGAACUUUCAACCCACUAUUGGAUAAUUUCAGCAAGAGAGGUGAUUAAAGAGUCGGAGAAAGAAUGCAUGCAGUGUAGAAGAAGAAAGGCUAGCCCAGCCAAACAGAUUAUGGCUCCGUUACCAGAACUGAGAACCCGGAUGUCGUUGCGAGCUUUCAGCCAAACUUCUGUCGACUUUGGUGGUCCAUUCAUUACUAAGCAAGGAAGAGGAAAGGCGCGUCAGAAGAGAUACCUUUGCCUAUUCACCUGUCUUGCAACACGAGCUGUUCAUCUCGAAGUAGCUUUCAGCCUGGACACGGACUCAUUUCUAAAUGCAUUCUUCCGUAUGGUGUCCCGACGUGGCCAGCCCAAAGACGUUGUAUGUGACAAUGGCACUAAUUUCGUUGGUGGAAGUAACGAGCUAAAAGAAUUGGAAGCCUUGGACCACAAGAAGAUUCAGGAUGCUACGACAAGUUAUGGAAUCAAGUGGCAUUUUAACCCCCCUCUUGCCCCACACUUCAGUGGUGUACAUGAAGUUAUGAUCAAAGCUGCGAAGAAAGCUAUUUAUGCCAUCCUUAGCUCUGCAGACAUCACCGAUGAGGAACUUUUAAGUGCAGUUGUAGGAGCAGAAGGGUUAAUUAACUCCAGGCCACUAACUUACCAGUCAAGCAGCCCAACCGACCUGACCCCUUUGACUCCUAAUCAUUUUUUACAUGGUCAGUUAGGAGACAGAUUUGCACCCGAUAGUGUUGACACUGAAGUAUUCCAUCCAAGAAAGAGAUGGCGUCGCGUCCAGGAACUUGUACGUCAUUUUUGGCAUAGAUGGUUGCAUGAAUGGAUUCCCAGUCUGAGUGUACGGAAAAAGUGGCGCAGGGAGCAAGUUGACCUAAAAGUAGGAGACGUUGUCAUUGUCAUGUCCCCGGAUACACCAAGAGGAAAAUGGCCUUUAGGAAGGAUUGUAAGGGUGUUCCCUGGAAAAGACAGCAAAGUGCGUGUUGUUGAUGUUCAAGUUGGAAAGACUGUGCUACGGAGACCAAUUGUGAAACUUUGCCCAUUAGAGCAAUGUUGAACUUUAAGUGACAUUAUUAAGACAAAUGCUUUUGAACAUUUCAUAUCUUUCAGAACAAAUUUAUUUUGCCUAAGUUUUGUUGAUAUUUUCAUAUCAAGAAAGGGGAGGAUGUUCUGGAGAAUAUUUUAGUGGUUGUCCUGUGACAUAUUUCAAGUGCAUGCGCAGUUUUGUUCUAGCGAGCACGAGGUUUUUGCUUUUCUGCCAGCUCAUCACAUUUUUGGAGCAAGCAAGAUGAAAUUAAAUUGUUGAUGUUUUGUUUAUUUUUCUCGUGGUUUUUAUGGACUUUCGACCGACCAAUUAUCCUGGCGAACAUGAACUUUAAUUCUAAUAAAUGUUCAUCCUAAUUAAUUUGUCAUUCAACCGAAACAAUUAAAAAUAUGAUAUGUCACAAUCUACAGAAGCCAUAGAAAGGUUUUCAGUCUAAAACGAACAAAAAAGCCGUCGGCGGCCAGUAAAAACCUGUUUAAAAUGAAUGCAAGGAAAAUAUAUUUUUUUUUGCACCAAGAGACAAUGACUUUCCAUUGAGACAUUGAGACAAGUCAAAAACGGGACUUACCAAUUCGUAGUUCCUUAAAAAUUUCUAGAGCUCACUAUAUGUCGCGUUACGGACGGAUUUAUUGACACUGUCCUCGGAAUUUAUAAUUAUAACUGUGUAAAUUUCCUUUCGAAUAAUAGCGGCAUCCUGGAGGUACCCCAAGGCAAUUGUGUAUCGUUUUCAUAAUGCAUUUCGAUAUUUAUAGCCCACCAACCUCCGUUGCUUCGGUUGUUUCUGUCCUGCGUUCUGGAUAAAAGGAAAACUUCCAAACACCUAUAUAAAACAUCAACCAGCACCGGCGACCCAAGCUGGGUGCAUAAAUUACCGCGGGUUUUGAUACUGUUUUGCAUAUUACCAACGAUUAAAGACUUUGUAUGAGAAGUUCAAUAUAGUUGUUAAAACGUAGAAAUAUAGGCAUGAAUAUAGAAAUAAAUUGUACUUACGUAGACUUGCGCCUGUUGUUGCUUUUCAUGUGUAACCUUGGCUCAAUUCAAGGCCAUUUUAUACAGUUUUGCAGCUCGUUCUUUGUUCGGUGUUGUUUUCCUACAUAAAGCGAAGCAAGGCAGGUGACUGUGUGCAGUCUUAACUCACAAAUCUCUCCCGCAUCAAAGAACCGGGCACUGAUUCACCAUGAAACCGUCAAAUCCUUGAGGUAUGGUCAGUCUCUUAUCUCUUCCCUCAGUCAUGGGUAUUGCGAUGUGUUUUUUGUGGGAAAUGUUUUGAAAGUUUAUGGUUCUGGGCAAUCUGACGUGCGCUCAGGAACCUCAAUGACUACGUGUUACGUGUUGAACGCAAACAUGGACUCAGGGGAACCGAGUAGUCAAAAUUGCAUGACAAAAUAUGGAUCUUCCUACACUCAGAUAGUCUACUGAUUGCGCGUGAGCGGUGUUUGGAUUAGCGUAUUUAAAAUGUUCACGUUCACCACGCAACACGUAGUCAUCGAGUUUCCUGAGCUCACGUCAGAUUGCCCUGAGUCAAAAACUUUCAAAAACAUUUCCCACAAAAAAACACAUCACAACACCUAUGACCAGGGGAAGAGAUAGGAAACUCACUUGGCCUAAAAGGAUUUGGCAUUUUGACGGUGAAUCAGUGCGCGGUUCUUUGAUGAGGGAGAGAUUUGUGAGUUGAGACUCCACACAGUCACCUGCCUUGCUUUGAAGGAAAACAACACCGAACAAACAACAAGCCGCAAAACUGUAUGAAAUGGUCAUGAAUUGAGCCCAGGUUAAACAGGAAAAGCAACAACAGGCCCAAGUUUACGUAAGUACAAUUUAUUUCUCUAUUUAUGCCUAUAUUUCUAGGUUUUAACAACUAUUAUAUUGAAUUUCUCAUAUAAAACAAAAAUCUCAAAUCGUCGGUAAUAUGCAAAACAGUAUUGAAACUCGUGGUAAUUUAUUCACCUAGCUUGGGCCUCCUCUGCAACCAGUAACAGUAAAAUACAAUACUCCAGGGACAUUUUCUAAGCCAUGUCUUCAAAACUUUCAAAGGACGUGUUUUUUGUCAGGUCAAAACUUCUUGCUCGUCAAUGCAUAGUUAGUAGAAGAGACUGGUUAUGAAAGAUGUAGUUUAUGUUGGAAGCUCUCUGACUGUGCACAAUCCUUUGUUCACAAAUUGUGACUGAAUAAAUCAAUGGGAUAUUUCUAUUGGUCAGUAAGUUCAAAAGGAUGGGAAUGUUAUUGAACGUUGUGCACGGUCAGGUCCGUAAAUGAGACUGGUUAUGAGAGCCGGCAAACGGUCAGGUCCGUGAGCUAAAAGGAGUCUAACGAGAUUCAUAUUAAUCAUUCAACUUUAAGAACUAUGGUCAAGGUUCAAGGUCGAAGUUUUAAACCUGACAACACUGCCGUCCUGUUUUAAACAUCACUUACAGCAAGGAGCCUAAAAAUGUGACCGCUUUUGAUUUAUUCACAUUCUUUCGUACAGAUUUAAUCCAAUCAGAAGCCAGCUGGAAACUGUCUUCGACUACUGAUUGGUUAAUGUCUGCAUAAAAGAAUGUGAGUUAUAUUAAUUAAAGGCCGGGUCACACUUUUGGGCUCCUUCUUGCUGUAAAAGACAUGCGCAUGCGGCAACUAGAAUGAAUGGUCAUCGUGUUUGUUUUUUUGAGGAAAAACAACGUUGUUUGCCUGUCUUUAUCCCCUUACAAAAAUUAAACUGUUUCCUUUUAUUUUGAAGGCGAUCAUUUCCUCUUCUUGGAUAUUUGGCAUCAUCCUCAGUCUUCCACAAUUCAUCGUUAAGAAAUUUGACAAGAAACUCAACUGGUGCGUUUAUACUUGGUCUGAAGAAUGGAUGGGUAAUGUGUAUACUACAGCUUGGCUUUUGUUCACUUCAUUUCUUCCAGUCACUUGGAUGAUUGUUCUAUACUCCCGAGUCGUUUGCACGUUAUGGGUCAAUGAUAACUCGCAAAAGGGGCCCCAACAGGUUCGAACAUGUUAUGCUUUUCUUUAAGACCCCGUCCACACGUAUCGGGAUAUUUUUGAAAAGGGAGAUUUUUCUCUCCGCAUCCACACGUAGCGUAUUCGAACCGUUUUCGCCCACUGUACACGAAAACGCUAAAACGAUUGAAAUGCAAUAGCAUCCAAAUAUUGAGCACGCGUCAUGCUAGAAGUUUAUGAUGUAUCAUAUGAUUGUAUUUGAAAACUUACGUUGUCGUCCGUCCACAAGUAAACCAAAAGCCGGCGUCAGUUCAAAAAUCUCCACUCUGGAGAGCGUUUUUGAAAAGAUGCAUUUUCGGUGAUCGUUUUCAUCGGAUACACGUGUGGAUGGUAUUCCAAACCGGAGAAAAAAUUAUUCGUUUCCAAAUAAAAACUGAUACAUGUGGACGGGGCCAAUCUUAAAUGCCAAAAUACCAGUAGCCUGCAUGACAGGCGCUUUAUGAGCCAAGCGGGGCGAACGCGAUAUUUCGCACGUAGCGCGACACGAGCGCGAAGCACGAGACAGCUCCGAGCGAAAUAUCGCGUUCGCCCCGCUUGGCUCAUAAAGCGCCUGUCAUGCAGGCUAAAAUACCAGUUGAGGUAGUCAUUUUCAUUCAGUGGUUUGCAUAUAUGCUCGAUUCUGCGUGUAAACACUACAAUUCCAAAAGGAGCGCUUGUUGUUUGAUUAGUUUGGGUCUCUUGCUUUGCGUACUCUGAUCAGGAAACCAGAAGACCCCACCCAGUGUUUGCAUGUGGUAAUUAUAAUACCUUGGAAAUGGCAAUGAUUUGGUAUAAGAUAAAAUUGGACGUGAGAAAACAUUACUUAACUGUACACACAGAAAAUUAAAAUACAAUAACUAACUCAAUGAACAAAUUAAACAUAAUAACUUAAGGCCUGUUUACAUGGAGGUGAGGUAACCCGGUUAUGUGGGGUAGCCCUCCUGUGUUUGUAAUCUCUCAUUUUAAUUUAAUCACGUUUACAUGAUAGGUGGGGUAACCCGCCGUAUGUUACCUCACCUUUCAAGGGGCCCCCAUCUCCAUGUAAACAGGCCCUUUGUGGACAUAAUAAAAAUCCAAGAUGGCGGCUGUUGGGGAUAAUAGUGUUAUUUACUAUGACGUCAUUAGGGAAUCAACAACCUGGUCUACGGCGAGAAAAACAAUCAAAACCAAUACUUUUGACAACAGAGCUUUUGCACAUCCUUUUUAAAGUUUGAAACAUUUUUAGAACGUUUCGCCACUUAUCCGUAAAGAUUACAAUCAUCACACCCCAAAAAAUGUUGAUAGUCCCUAACCGGAAAAUUGAGCAGGCGAACAUUGGCGAGCAGUAAAUUCGAAAGUUUUAAGUUAAUUGAAAAAGAAGUUAAGAGCCGACGACAAAUAUUGGUUCCUUUCUCGCCUCAUCACUGGGUCAACUUCCAGUCUUUUGGCGUCUUUCAGUGACGAAAUUAAAGAAAAAUGCAAGUCGUCCACCUUAUCAUUACUUUUACUUUCAGGGUGUGUUGAGGGUACGCAAGCGAGUCACAUUGAUGGUCAUAACUGUGUGUGCCAUUUUUGGAGUAACCUGGCUCACCAACUCUUCUAAUUACCUCCUCCACCAUUUUCUCAAAUAUUCUUUUCUGACUUACGCCUCAGCUUCCCUUAUGAUCAUGUUCAACUCGGCGAUCAACCCAGUUUUGUAUGCAUUGAUGAGUCAACGAUUCAGAAAUAAAAUGAAACAAAUAAUGCGUUGCACGUACCGCUCA